AUGGUCGCUACUACUCGUUACAUCCUUGCUGCAAGUGGCAUGCUUAGCCUUGCCCACGCUUCUCCAUCCCGAUUUCCUUUGGAAACUCGAGCCGUUGCAUACAAGAAUUACAAAGGAGACGGAACUGUUGGAGACGGCUGGCCUGAUGUAUCCAACUGGGCCGAUUUUGAAACUCUCUGGUCUACCAACAUUGCCCCGUCAGCAAGCGCAUGUAAAUCGAUUGGCCUUACGCCCAACUCGGAUUCCGAGAACACGGUUCUCAAGGCCGCAAUCAAGCAGGCUGGUACGGACACUGGGCUCGAUCCCCGAUUCAUCCUCGCUGCCGUUUUCCAGGAGUCCACUGGCUGUGUCCGGGUCAAGACCUCGUAUUCCAGCAAUGAAAACAUCCGGAACCCGGGACUGUUGCAAUGUGACAACGGAGAUCAUACUUGCAACGACGAGAAGAGGGGUAUUGCCCAGCUUGUCCCUUGCCCUGAUGCUCAAAUUAAGGGCAUGAUCACGGACGGAGUUGGUCUCACCACCGAAUGGGGUCUCAAGCAAACUGUCAAACAAAGCGGCGCCAGCGACGUCAGCAAGUACUACAAAGGAGCCCUCCUCUACAAUUCGGGCGUCAUGCCAGAAGACGGAAAUUUGGGCCAUGGGCGUUCAAACGCUUGCUACUCUAGCGAUAUCGCUAACCGUCUGAUGGGCUGGGUCGAGGAUCAAUCCCCUUGCAACAGAGACACCAUUGGCGAUCUGUAA